GACAAAAUGAAAAAGGUUAAAAAUUUUGUUAGUUAAACAAUUUCGUUGGAUACUCGAUAGGCGUUGGACAAAAACAAAAAUUGCUUAGGGCGAAACUUCAAAAUAUUUACAAUCAGUAUUAUACAAGGACCAAUUAAACUUAGCCUUUAUUCUUUCAGAAGGCCUAGAAGAAAAUGAUUGUUUGACCGCUGACACGAGUAUUUGUUGAUUGUUUACCGAAAAAAAUUAAAACUUUUUUUAAAUAGAUGGAUCGGUACAAAUAGCCAAAAUGAGUUUCUCAAGUGACGAAGUUAACUUUUUAGUUUAUAGGUAUUUACAGGAAUCUGGAUUUCAACAUUCAGCGUAUACCUUUGGAAUAGAAUCCCAUAUAUCCCAAUCAAAUAUAAAUGGAGCACUGGUGCCCCCUGCAGCCCUAUUAAGUAUCCUACAAAAAGGGCUGCAAUAUACAGAAGCCGAAAUUAGUAUUGGGGAAGAUGGUACUGAACAAAGGCUAGUAGAAAGUCUUAGUUUAAUAGAUGCUGUGAUGCCAGAUGUAGUAGCUAGUAGACAAAAUCAACAAAACCAGCAAAAGCAGGCUGUUAAAGCUGAGCAAUCAGAAACAAAUGGAGAGGAAGCUGCAGUGGAAUCUACACAAAGUGAAACCAUGGAAGUGGAUGUCACUAUCGAGAUUCCAUCCUCGAAAGCAACAGUACUCCGUGGACAUGAAUCUGAAGUUUUUAUUUGUGCUUGGAAUCCCACUAUCGACUUACUGGCCAGUGGAUCUGGAGACAGUACAGCUAGAAUCUGGGAUAUGUCAGACAACACAGCCAGUCCUAAUCAACUCGUCCUGAGGCAUUGCAUACAGAAAGGAGGCACGGAAGUACCUAGUAAUAAGGAUGUUACAUCGUUAGAUUGGAAUUGUGAUGGAAGCUUACUAGCAACAGGAAGUUACGAUGGGUAUGCGAGAAUCUGGACAAGUGAUGGUCGUUUAGCAAGAACUUUAGGACAGCAUAAAGGGCCAAUAUUUGCACUGAAGUGGAACAAAAGAGGCAACUAUAUUCUAUCCGCGGGGGUUGAUAAAACAACAAUAAUAUGGGACGCAGCAAGUGGACAAUGUACACAACAGUUCAGUUUCCAUUCUGCACCAGCUUUGGACGUCGAUUGGCAAACCAACACUUCAUUCGCCAGUUGUUCGACUGAUCAAUGUAUCCAUGUUUGUAAAUUGUCGAUGGACAAACCUAUAAAAUCCUUCCAGGGGCAUACGAACGAAGUAAAUGCUAUUAAAUGGGAUCCUCAGGGACAACUUUUAGCAUCAUGUUCGGAUGAUAUGACGUUGAAAAUAUGGUCCAUGAAGCAAGAUACGUGUGUGCAUGAUUUACAAGCACAUUCAAAGGAAAUUUAUACGAUCAAAUGGUCACCAACAGGUCCAGGAACUCAUAAUCCCAAUAUGAAUCUUAUAUUAGCAUCUGCAAGUUUUGAUUCGACAGUUAGGUUAUGGGAUGUAGAAAGAGGCUUUUGUAUUCACAGGUUAACUAAGCAUACUGAGCCCGUUUAUUCAGUAGCAUUCAGUCCAGAUGGUAAAUUUUUAGCAAGUGGUAGUUUCGACAAAUGUGUUCACAUUUGGUCGACGCAGUCCGGUCAUCUUGUUCAUAGUUAUAAGGGCACAGGAGGCAUAUUCGAGGUUUGUUGGAACUCCAGAGGAGAUAAAGUGGGCGCCAGUGCUUCCGACGGUAGCGUAUUCGUUCUAGAUUUGCGCAAACUCUAGCAUUGAGAGAAAAAUUCUGAUAUUGAAAAACUUUUGAUAGUAGUUAGUAAUUAUUUAGUUCUACAUGUAAAAUAAUUAUUGAUGGCUGAAUUGAAUGAUUUAAUUUAUAAAUAAAAGUGAAAAAGGUGAAGAAAAAGUCUGCCGUGACAUUUCAUAGUGUUAACGAAAACAUUUAUGUAACUGUUUUACCUGUUUAUGUACAUACUUGAACAUGCUGAAAUAUUUCCAGUAAGUGAUGAUGACGAAUCGUUGGACGGGCGAUUUUUGGAUUUAAAUUAAUUAAGACACAUCAGACACAUACUUAAUUGUGAGUUUCUGGACUUAUUUUUAUAAUAUAUAGGUGAAUAAAUUUUUAUUCCAU